AUGAGUAUGGCUUCACCGCACAAGUACACGAAACGCCUAUUUAAAUCCCUCAUCGGCAAACAUAAGGAGCUAAUUACCUUCGAAACUGGUAAUAGCCCAAUGAUCUUAAGUACAUAUCUCCAAUUGAGAUAUAUAUCGGGAAGCUCAUGUGCGUUGAAGAUAAUUGCAUCCUACGCCAGAAGUGACGGUGAUUUGACCGCGCGCUGGAUCUGGUAG